AUGGGCUGUGGUGCUUCAACUCCUGUUGAUCCGGAGGCGCAGGCGCGAAGCGCGGCCAUCGAAAAGACGCUUGCGCAGGACCGUGAGAAGAUGCGAUGGGAGAUCAAGCUGCUCUUCCUGGGCGCAGGCGAGUCCGGCAAGUCGACAAUCAUGAAGCAGUUCCAGCUGGCGUAUGGGCGGCCUUUCACGACGGAGGAGCGAGACGAGUACCGCGAUGUGAUCUUCGACAACGCCGUGCGAUCGAUGCAGGUCGUCAUCGACGCGUUCGACUUGCUCAGCAUCGAGGUUCCGGAGUCGCUGAACGAGCACAUCGAGCUGCUCAUGUCGAUCGGCGACAAUCCAGAGCUCUCCACGGACACUGGCGAGCUCAAGCCUGACGUCGGGAACGCUAUCGCGACGGUAUGGGCGUUUGACGGGGCGAAAGAGGCGGUCGAGAUGUCGCACGAGUUUCAGCUGAACGACUCGGCGUCUUACUACUUCGACAACAUCGCCCGUCUCGUCCAAGCCGGCUACGUUCCUUCCGACAUCGACAUCCUCCGUUCGCGCGUCAAGACGACGGGCAUCACCGAGAUCAAGCUCGACAUUCACGGCACGAUCUACCGGAUGAUGGACGUCGGCGGACAGCGGAGCGAGCGCAAGAAGUGGAUCAAAUGCUUCCAAGACGUUCAGGUGUUGCUGUUCGUGCUUGCGAUAUCUGAAUACAACCAGAUGCUUUACGAAGAUGAGACCGUCUCGCGCAUCUCCGAAGCCACGACGUUGUGGCAGUCGAUUGCCAACUCGAAAUGGUUCGCGAUGGCGAGUAUCAUCCUCUUCCUCAACAAGAUCGACAUCUACCGCCAGAAAUUCGAGCUGUACAAGCUGUCCGAGUACAUGCCCGAGUACACCGGUCCGAAUACGUAUGAGGCAACAACGCGCUUCCUCGCUCACCGCUUCUCCGAACUGUACACGAACCCGACUCGACCGCUGAUCAUGCAUCUCACCUGCGCCACCGACACAUCGCAAAUACGCACCGUCUUGGCCGCAGUGCAGGAGCAGAUCCUGGCGAACAACCUCCUCGCGAGCGGACGAAUUUAG